AUGCACGAGGUCAUCACCGUAUCGUUUUCUCAGAGGUCCAAUCAUCUGGCUACACAUCUUUUCAACUCGCAGGAUGGGUAUCUGGACUAUAGCCGAGGAGCGUCCAAGUCCAAGGUGGACCCAGAAGUCUUCUUCAAGCCCAAUGUUUCGGCAGAUGGUAAAUCGGUUUCAUAUACUGCCCGUUCGUUGAUGUGGGACGCCAAAGAUGGCUUUGGUGCCAUGGGAAGGCACGAAUAUUCUGAGCGUGCAGAUGACGGUCUAGACUGGUCAGAGAGGGUGGAGGUGGUCAGGGCACCUAGAAUACCCAAGAAUGCGUACCAGCAAGGUCUGGAUGAGCUCCAGCGCGAAUUGCCUGCUCUGUCUAUUAAUGACACACGAUACUUUACCGAUUAUGCGAGAACUUUGUAUCCACCUACUGGUUUUAACAUAUUGAACAGGUGGGUCCUGGAUGGUAAGGACUUUGGCAAGUGCAUUUCGCAAGCCAGUGAGCAGGUAAAGUUUGACGAAUUUGGUGUUGGCUCGGAGGAGUGGAAAAAUAAAGGACUUGGUACCGACUUUAUGGACGAAGAGUUCAGACAUUCUCUGGAGAGUUGCGAUCUGCUCUCUGGUCUGAAUGUAAUCACCGACGUGGACUCCGCAUGGGGUGGAUUUACGAGCGAAUUCAUGGCAGAUAUAACAGAUGAGUUUUUGCCAAAAACAACAACUUUCGUAUGGGGACUGUACGAAGAUACUCAGACGAAUCUGCUUGACUCCAAAAGAGCCAUGUCUAGGAUCCAGACUACGACUGAGCUCAUGAAAACUGCUUCUAUCUAUAUACCUAUUUCUACCAGUGGCUCUGGUUUUCGAGGUGUUGAUGGCUCAAGUUUGUGGCAAGUCAGUGCGGUGCAGAACAUAGUUGUGGAUUCAUGGGCCACUCUACUAUCGCAGAGGGAUAACAGAGUUUCUAUGGCAGAUGUCGAGAUGGGAUUGACCAUGGGCUCUCAUAGGACCCUGGUGACUGAUUUGAGGUUGAAACUGAGUGAUUCUGCUACUGUGUAUAAUCUCAGCCCGCAAACUCUGUAUCUGAAACCGGGUAAAUCAUGGUUGCAGUCGACAGCACGGCAAAGGACCCCUCACGUUUUCUCAAGAUCCGUCAUUGCCAGAUCGAGCUUUCCAGAAAAUUUGAAAGACCAAGUUGAAGAGUUCUCUGAGCUUUCGAAUUUGUGCGAAUACGGAACGCAGAUGCGCGGUGUGGUGACAUACCCCAGCGAAACGCCUUUUCAGCCUCCUUCCUCAUACCCUGUGGGACUCGUUCCCCCGAAUGGAGAGGUUUUGACGUCAUUGGAUGUUUCUGAUAGAGCCAAGGUCAUGUUGCAUUCCAUGAAACAGAUAGCUCAGAAACGGAUGAAGAGCAGUGCUGUUGAAGAGAUAGUCGACGAUCUCGAGACUGCCAAACAAGAUUACGAGUUCGGGUGGGACGAAGGAAGUGAUAGCUACGACGAAUGA